AUGGUGGAAGCCGAAAACCCUCACUACGUCAUUGAAGUGCUCCUGAGUAUAUACACAAGUCUGAUUCUAAUCAUCGGUAUACCCGGCAAUGCCCUUAGUGGUUUCAUCCUCAGUACGGACAGAGCUCUACGGAAAACGACGCGUUUUCUCAUGGGCACUCUUGCUGUGGCCGACACUAUAGUCCUUCUUAUAGCUGUAACCCGGUACUGGGUCAAUGUCAUGUUUGACAAGGAUCCGCGUGAUGCCGGCGAGUUGAUCUGUAAGACGCAUGUCUUCGCUGUGGCCUUUUCUACCGACUUCGCGGUGGGCGCAUUAUGCGCCGUCUCAGUUGAACGAUAUUUGGUUGUCGCCUUCCCACAGAAAGCAGCCUCAAUUGUACGUUUACCGUUUGUCAUUCUGGGAAUGUUCUUGUUCGCCCUGUCUGUGGCCAUUAAAAAUGGCAUCCACUUUGUCAUCAUGGGCAAGUGGCUAUGGGCUAACAACACCCUGCUGAAUUCGUCUUCGCCGGAAGCCACCAAGGCGACAAUGGUGUUUGUCUGCAAGACGCACGAAGACUACGCAAAUUGGACGCGUAUUUUCAUGAAAGCCGACUUCAUCAGCUUUGCCAUCCUGCCCUACGUAAUUCUCUUCUCAUGUAAUCUGUAUAUUUUUUGUGUCCUGCGCCGUCAGAGGAGACUACUGAAUAACAGCCCUAAUGCUGUCGUCAUUAAGGUGCCUCAAAUAAUUGUAACGACACCCGGGGAGUUACCCGAGGACGACUGCGAAGCUAAAACCCAUGUCAAAUUAAGUAUUGCCGGGAAUGAACAGACCUCCUUUAUAAAGGCAGAUUCAGCCGCUCUGAGUGAAAGGAAAUGGAGAUGGUUCCUUGGACUGACGCUGCCUCGAAAAAUGUCAAAAUAUGAAAGGAAAAAGAGAAAACCGGAAGAUGUGAUAAAGGUUCUGACUGCGCUUACUGUUGUGCACGUGUUUUGCACUCUUCCAGGGACAAUAUUCACCCUCCUCUAUUCCUACUUUCACGUACUCCCGAGUCUGGACGAGAAAACGAAUCGACUGAUCAAGUUCUUUCUCGUGAUGAUCAUCUUUACUAACAAUGCCAUCAACUUCUUUGCCUAUCUGGCGUCCAGCGAACGUUUCCGUCAACGCGUUUCUGAACUUCUUUGCAAAUGUUUCAAGGGCGGAUUUACCUGCAGGCACGGGAAUGAUUGCGCGGUCAUGAAGGUGCGAUGA